AUGGCUUCAUUUGUGGCUACUACAAGGAGGUUACCUUCAGACUCUGGCGCCUUUGCGGACUGGGGAGCGACUAGUUCAUCCGGUGGUGGUGGUGGCCGUGCUGUCCCCGUAGACGAUCUCUCCCUCGGCUUCAAUGCGGGUCCUGCUGCCGCAGCAGCCGCCACUGGACCUGCCACCGGAAUGUGGCCCGGCGCAAAUAGGUCAGUCAAUUACCCCGAAAUGGGGAUGUUCGUGGUGGCGCCAGCCUCUUCGUUCCACCACCAUCACCACCAGCAGCAGCCGCCGUCGCACGAUCCCGUCAUGGCAGAUUCCCUCAACCCAGCCACUGCACUCGGCGUUGGUGUCAUCCCUCUCCUCGCUGCUACGCCGUGUCUUGAAUCCGAGAACAUCCUCGGAAAUAGGAUUCGCAGCGGUGGAAUUCAGUUUUGGCAGGACCAACCGCCCCAGCAGAGCCACUACAUGAAAAAGCAGCAGCCGGGGUUUCUCGACCAUAGUAACACGAGUUCUGGAAAUUUGGUUCAAAACAGUGGCGGGGUAACUGCUUCGGGGACUAGCAGUGGGGGAACAACGUGCCAAGAUUGCGGAAACCAGGCCAAGAAAGAUUGUACUAAUAGAAGGUGUAGGACUUGUUGCAAAAGUCGAGGUUUCGAUUGCCCUACCCAUGUCAAGAGCACAUGGGUCCCCGCCGCACGCCGGAGAGAGCGCCAGCUCAUGACUGCGGCCACUGCUGCUGUUGCUGGCUCCAGUGGCUCCACCUCCGGGACUAAAAAACCUAGGCUCAUUGCGUCACAAACAACAACAACUUCUCACACUUCCACCUCUAACACCACCCCUCCUAGAAGCUUUGACACAAGCUCUAGUCAUCAAGAUGCGGGUUUCAAGGAGACUUUACCUGGGCAAGUACGUGCACCAGCUGUUUUCAAGUGUGUAAGAGUGACGGCGGUGGAGGAUGGGCAAGAUGAGUAUGCGUAUCAGGCCGUGGUGAAGAUUGGUGGUCACGUGUUCAAAGGAUUUCUCUAUGAUCAAGGGUUGGAGAAUAGGGAUGUGUAUCCUAACCUAUCUGAGUUGCAUUUGGGUGGUGGAAAUGGCGGAAGUGGGAGCGGAGGGAGUGGUGGGGUGGGUAGAAAUGGGGUUUCUUCUUCUUCUCCAAUGAUGGAUCCUUCUGAUGUUUAUGCAGCUUCUGGUGGAGGGUUACUUGGGGGUUCUUCUGCUUUUGGUAAUCCAAUGAAUUGA